AUGGACUUGGAGAAACGAGAGGUGCAGGAGGAGCCAUUCGAGAACCUUCUGAAUCGCCUCACAGCUCUCGAGGACAACUUAUCUGAUGAGCCUGCUGGAAGCAGUGCCAGCGCCCACGACAUUGUGAAUAUGCGAAAUGAUCUCGAGGUGUUCAGUAUUGCAGAUGCCCUCCAGUACACUCCAAGCUCUGUCGCUAGGAUCCUUUCCCUCCUUGGCGUCUAUCGUUUACUCGAUGUUCAUGCCCUUGUCAAUGGAGUCAAGCCAAUAUCGACAGGUGUACCGCUCUGCAUAAUGCUGCAAGAAGGAAGUGGCAUUGCAAAGAUUUGGGCCAAGAUGAGUGACUGGACAGAGGUUCUCUCUCAAGCGCAAAGUACCAUCAAAAAGUUCAUCAAACUCGAUGCAAAGCUAACCUCGAAUGAAACCGACCUACAUUGUCGACACCUCGAGGUCUUGUAUCGAGUUGGGCAAACGUGUGUGGUGGCAAGGUUGCUGCUGACGAUCCAGCUGGCUAUAACGCACCUUUCUUACAUCGUCAAUGCGAUUCCGACAGAACUGUUGGCUCUUUUUGAAAAAAUUGGGAUGAAGCCGGGCCUCCUUUUCGAUGUCGAAUUGAAAAUCUGGUGCUUCCUGUUCACUGUGCUCUUCGGCCAGGUUCAACUACUAGACGGUCUCAUCACGUUGCUCGAUAGCCUGCCGUGGGCCCUGAUGAAGAGGGCCAACAAAUCUGUCAAGCAUUGGUUUGAGCCAGGAGACAUGACGAAACUGAAGGAGAAGAUAACUGGGUCACAACAGACAGACGAUCGUUCGUUGCACGUUAGUGAAGUUCAUGUCCAGGAAGGCCUGCGCGCACCAAGUCUCAAAGACGAGAGCAAAAUGGCGACCCCCGCCCCAGACAGUGAUACAGAAGGGAGUAUCUUUGUGGUCUCCUCACACAAGCGCAAGCGUUACACGUUCGACAAGGUUUCGAAUGAAGAAGAGGACAACGACUUGCUGACGGAGCGAGGAGGCAACGAGAAUGAUGAGGAAGAGCCGCAACAGCAGGACGAGGAUAUGGAAAAACCAGUCGUACAUUUACAAUCACCGGAGCCUGAGAAGAAGAAGAAAAAUGAUGACAAGAAGAAAAACGACAAGACCAAGAACAACAAAAAAAAGAACGACAAGAAGAAUGGCAAGAACAAAAUCAAGAGCAGAGAGUUUGUUGAUGAAGAAAAUCAGGUCGAUGAAGACGCUGAGGCCCACAGUGACAACACCUUGUUAAGCUAUUGGAGAGAUAUGACAUCUGGUGACAAAGAUGACGAAGACGAAGAUAGGAUUGUGCUCGAAGAAGUAGCUGUCAAAGAUGUCGUGAUCGCGUGUGUGCUAGCCAUGCUACUGAACGUACUGGACUUCCGCACCUACACCUGGCCUGGGCUUGAGGAUGACCAGGCACCUUCGGAAAAGCAGAAGAACAUGAUGAUCACCUUCAAUGCCAACACGGUUCCUCCUCAAGAUUGUGAGGGGUGCAUUCUCAUGCGAGGCAAAGCUUUAGACAUUUUGUUAGAAUUAGAAAUGAUCUAUAAGGUCUGCGACCCCGACAACGACGACGUUGAAGUCCCACUCGGAGAGCUCUUUCUCGACUACCUUCAUCAAAUAGGCCGCGGACUACUUUACUACCGACAUCAAGCAGAUGAAGCUGGCAUAGAUGGACCCUCCAACGCUACCUUAGACCUCAUCGCAUUGCAGCUCGACCGCGUCCAUGUCGUUGGCUCAACAACCUACAACAAGUGGAUGGAUACGAAAAACUUGGAAGACAAACCAUGUGGGUUUGAAUUUCCCGGUUCCUACAAUAUCCGACAGCGCAAAGUCAGGGAUGCUCAGCAGACACAGUUUUCGUAUGAAGGGCGAGAAUACAUCUCGGAAGCCGAUCGACAAUGGAGGGCGUUCUUGAAGGGACAGUCAGUAGAUGAAGAUGACGGUGUAGAUGAGAAUGGCAGUAACACAGGGUCUCCCCUGAAGAAGAGGAAAACGGGCUACAUCGGCACCAAGGGUGUUACAGGGAGUGAUGAGCGCCAAAAGUUGUGCCCUCCCACAAAUGUUUUUGGGCCAAAGUGGCACAUCCGGGAACUCGAUUUCGAAGAUACAAUCGAGAUGUCCAUAAUAGAUACCCUCAAACUCUCGACCAUCUUCAUCAAAUGGGAUUUCAUACUAUCACAAUGA